AGAGCGAGAGAGAGCGAGAGAGUGGAGAGCGCUACGACGGACGGAGGGGGACUCUUUCCCCUCAUAAAAGGAACAGCCCAACUGGAGAAGUGAGACUGUGACUUCAGGAUGAAGAGGACACUUGUGAUGUUUCUGAUCAUCUUGUCUGCAGAAAUGAUCCUGGGAGAGAGUGGUCCCAGUUCACCAACUCAACUAAUCGAGGCAGAAGUUUACGAUAAUGUGACUCUUCAGUGUGAUCUGGAUUCCCGGGUCAGCAUGGAGAAUAAUACAAUUGUUUGUGAAAGAGUUGAUCUUAAGAAGAAGGUCCACGCAUAUCGAGGUAAACAGGACCUUCCUCAUGAUCAGAUGGAUCAAUACAGAGGCAGGACGACUCUGAACCCUAAAGACCUGAGCCGAGGAGUCCUGACACUGCUGAUCUCCUCAGUACAGACGUCUGACAGUGGACCAUACAGAUGCUUUGUCCCAAAACGGAAACCCAGUUGUACCUUCAACCUCACUGUUGUAAGAAGACACGAACAGAACAAGACACAGAGAGAUACACCCAGCACAACGAGAACCAAGCUGGACGUGUCUGGCGGUGCACACAUGAAGGCUGUCCGUGCUGGUAUCAUUACCACUGUUGUCAUUGCUCUCUGCGUUCUGGUUGUUGUUCUGGUUGUGAAGAGUGGAACGAUCCAGGAUUGUCUGAAAAGUCUCAGAGGGAAGAAGAGAACAUCAAAUGGAUCUGAAGAGAGGGAUGAAGACCAGGAGAGGCCUCUAAAAACAGUCGAGGUGAAGUGAUGGUCUGACAGCUGUUCAUCACCUCAGCCAUCAAAAAGCACACUGGCUUCACCAGCUUUACCAAAGUAUUUACUGUGGGUGUUCUAGUAUUGCCAAUAACAUUGUGCCUUAAGCUCAUAAUGAGAGCAAUUUUCCAUCACUUUAAAAACCUUCCGCACGCUGGGUCCAAAAAGCAAUAAACAGGUGUCAUUAUGUGACUGAGAGACAAACUCUGACAGUCAAGAUAUCAUAAAUAAUGAAGCAUAAACUUACCCAGGAUCAUUUCUGCAGACAAAAUGAUCAGAAACAUCACAAGCAGGGGCGGUCCUGGCUACAUUUGUGCCCUGGGCGAACAACACCACCAGCAAAAUUUGUAGCUACUUAUGAGAUUAUGAAAUAGGAUGUCUGGUCUUUUAUUUAUUUACUUGCAAUGCAAGUCUGUUGCUCACGUAAGCACAGGCAGCACGGAAUCGUGGGAUCACUUGCAAGUUGAACGUGGAACAAGCAGGGGAACUGUAACGUAAAUGUAAGGGGGUAAAUAAAUGUAGUAUUUAUGGAAACCUCGGACAUGCCCACAGACUUUACUGUCGGUGAGUUUAAUUGAACUAUCUUGUGAUGAAACACUGAAAUGUAGUUUCAAAAAAACAGUCGCUGCUGGACUUUUGGAUACAGCAACACAGAGAAUACCCCGCGCUGUCCGUGCAUGUUCUUCACUGGCUGUCACAAAAACAAAAUACAGGUGCAGGAUGGAUGCUGAGCCAGACCUAAGACUGAAGCUGAGCUCGGUUGAGCCAGACAUCAAGUAGAGUGUGCACAGAGACAGGCACCCCCCCCUUCUUACUUAGCAAUAUGCUGGUCAGUUAAUAUCUCUGACAGGUUCAUUGUCUCUGUUAUUCUGAUAUAGAUGUUAGAGGGUUGUUAACAGUAAACCUGGUUUAAAGAGGACAACAAAAAACAACAAACAAAAAACAAAAACAAACGGGUGGUUGCUUUUGAUCUCACCUGUGUAAGUGACUUGAAAUAUUUACAAAGUAUUUAUUUUAUUUUUUUCAUUUUCUGUGCUGAGAUAUCUUCUGCUGAGAGAAAAAAAAACACUUGAAGUUUGUGUUCGUUGUGCAGAGGAGAAGUGUGUGAGAAUUGUUGGACGGAAUUGUAAAUGUCUGAUUCAGUGUUAAGGUAACAAUAAAUAACCAUCAUAAUGAAUAAACAUCUCUCCUGUGUGGUGGAAGCUAAUAAAGAAGGCCAGUGCCGCUAUAUUCUAAUGUUGGUCAUCAUGGUGGUACUCAGAGAGCUCAAUGUUUUCUCAGGUUGUACAGAGUAUAAAAAGUUUGAGAACCACUGUUGUUUAGAGUUUAUUAGGCUGAAUAUAAUCGCUGUGAAACUAGAGUUGCACGAUACCCACGGUACCCUGCGGUGCCAAAUCAUAACCGUCGC